GCAGCGCUGGCACUUGUUAUUGGCCGACAAAAGACGCAAUUAUUUAUAUUUACACAAAAGGAAAACUAAAACUAAAUUCAAAACAAUCUUGAGCCCAAGGUGUGCAAUGUUCUCAAUUUUCGGGAAACGCAAGCCAGCCGAAACGCCCACUGAGGAGCCCAUUCAGGGUCCCGCGGAUGCUCCUCGGCCUGGCACCACCUCCGGCGAUGAUUUCGUCUUCAUCGAGCGCAGGCCCGGAUCGACGGACCCGCCUGCUGCCGGUGGCUCAAUGUACCCGCCCAUGCCGCCUGUGGGUUAUCUGCCCUAUCCGCCCAUGCCGGGACCCAGAGCACCAGGACACACACCGAGUGCGGGGCGUCAGUCCGGACCUGUCAACUAUCUGCAGGACAUUCCCUUCGAGCUGGCGCCCGGACUGGCCAGCAAGGACAGCUAUGCCAGCACCCAGAUGCAGGUGGACAGCAUCCUGGCGCUGCUCACGCGCCAGCUAUCGGUAGAUGAGCUGGCCGAAGAGUACACGUUCGUUCUGGAGCGGUCAGUGCAGAGCGAGUGCUAUUAGGCGCACAAAUCCGUUGGCUAUUAUGGUUAUUAUUAACGUAAAUCAAUAAAAGUUGCUUAUUUAAUUGUAAA